CACCCAUCGCGGCCGCACCACGUCUUCAGCCACCAAUCUUCACUCGUGCAAAACACGACAAUCUCGCGGCUCCGCAAGCUUCAAAAGCGUUACGCCACUCGGCACCCAAGCCAUUGAACCGGGUGCGCGGGAGUUUUAAGCUUCUGCGUGUAGCUCCAAAGAACGCAAGAUGGGUUUCGUCACCGGGCUAAUCGGAGGCGUGACCCUCACAACUUCCAUCCUCUACCUCACCCUUUCAGUCCACCAACGCAAUCGGCAGGAGCAGUCCCUCUUGCUGCGUCAAAACUCGCUCAUCCUCCGCAACAUUCUUGAGCCGCUCCCGCCUCCGCCGCCGCCGGCUGCUCGCGAAGCACGCGUGUCCGUCGCCGAAAGCGCCAAGGACAUGUGGAAUAGAGAGAUAGAGGGCCUGGUGAGGAAAGUGCAGUACACCGACUGGGCUGAGGUCAGGGAGCGGAUGGAGAGAGGCGCUGCGAAGGCUUGGGCAAGUGUAAGGGAAGGGGUCAAGGAGGUGGGCGAAAAGGCUGAAAAGGCAAAGGAACCCGAGUUCGUAAGCACAAGUGUCAGGGCUAAGAGCAGGGAAGGAUGAAGCAUGCACGCGGUUGGGAACAGAGAAUAUACCCGAUGAAGCGCUGUCUUACGUCACAUGUUGUGGUAUAAGCAUGAUCGAAAUGAUAGCGAAUAGACAAUAGGUUUCUUUUUUUUUUUUCCCCUUUGUUUGUAAGUUCAAAAGCCAUUGGCAGCCUCGGUUCUACGCGGCUCUCGAGAUCGCGUUUUCUCCGAAGCGCCCUUGAACUGUCCGUCCGUGGGACUCGAAAAGGGCACAUAGAACGCUGCUAAGCCUUUGAAUAUCACAUGGCUAACAAAGGAGCCCCUUCAAGCCAACGAGACCUUGGUAUUCAUCUACGAGCUGAUAAUAAAAUAACAUCUG